AUGAGUAGUGAAGUAUAAGUGAAUAUAAGCUAGAAUUAAGUUACUCAUAAACUACCAAGAAAUUCAAAGCUAAAACACUCAACAAGCACUGAGAUACAAAAAAGAAGGCACUCUUCUGUUGAUUGCUAAUAAUUUUAGUUAGAGAGCUUGUAAAAGAGUGGAGAAAGCGAUAUAAAUUAAGAUGGUGUUUACUAAAGAAAAAAAUUAAGUAAAAGAUCUGAUUCAAUGUAGAUCAUUAGGUCACACUCUUCAUCUAAGUGUGAGAGGAUUUUAGAUUAAAGUAAUUUAAUUGGUUAAGGAGAAGUAAAAAAUUAACUCAUCAUAGCCAAAGUUGCAAAAGAAUUAGAAUUCAAAAGCGAAGAAUGCGAAAGAUUAAAAUUAAAAUUACAACAAAAAGACGAAGAAGUUCAGGAGGUUGAACUGAAAAACAUUGAAAAUUAGCUUCUUAAGGGGGAUUUAAACUAUUCAAAAAGUGUUAUAAAAGAUCUUAAGAAGAAGCUGAAAAGUGUUUAAUAAACUACUCAAUAAAAUAACAGUGCAAUUUCUGCAGAAAUAUAAGAAAAUAUUUUGUCUCUGAUUUAAGAGAAUGAGUAAUUGUAUUUAAAAAAUGAUAACCUAAUAAAAGAGUGCUUGAAAUAUCAAGAUCAAGUAAAAAAAUAUAAAGCUUUGAGUUCAAAAGUUGUUAUUUGUUAAAGCUGUUAAAAAAAUUAAUUAAUGAGCUCAUACAAUAAAGAAGAACUUUCUGAACUAAAUAGAAAAAUAGAUUUACUUUCUAAAAGCCAAACAGAAGCAGAAAAAACUAUAUCAGACUAUGAAGAGAAAACAAAAUUCUACAAAAUUUAGAUUUAAUCUUUGUAAGACAGAGAGGUUAAAGAGAGAGAAUAAAUUCUGAAUGAAAUGAAUAGAUUAAAGUAAGAGCUUGAAUUCCAUGGAACGUUGGAACUAAAGAGGUAAGAGGAAAUAGAAAAACUGAUAAAAAUCAUUCAAAUGAAAGAUUAAAUUGAAGUAGAAUAGUAGAAAACAAGAAUAGAGGUUGAAAAACUUCACUAGGAAAUAGUAUAAAAGAGUAAUGAAAUAAAUUAUUAAAAAGAAAACUUGUAAAAAAAUGAGUAGAAUUUGAAGAAUAAAGAGGAUCUUAUAAGUCACCUCAGAAAUUUAAAUGAUUAGUCAUCAAAACAAUUGAAAGAAGAGAUAGAUAAGUUAAAUAGAGAAAAAAAUUUGAUUUUAUAGGAAAGCAGCAGGUUUUAAGAAUACAAUGAUAGAUUGGAAAAUUAAUUAAUAACAACUAAGGAAGAUUUAAAGAAAGUUAAUGAGAUUUUAAUAGAGAAAUAAUAGCAGUUUUUGGCUGAGAAAGAAACAUUUAGGGAAGAGAAAAGCAGAGACUUGGCUGAAUUGAAUAAAAUUAAAAAUCAACUACAAAAUGAAAUAAACAACAUUUAGCAUGAAAAGGAAUUAGCAUUUAUUGAGAGAGAGAAAUAUAAAAAUGAAAAAAAUAAAUUGAUUUCUGAAAAUCAAACUAUACAAAGAGAAUAUGAAAAUAUUAUUUAGUAGAAUAAAUUACUUUUAAAUGAAAAGCAAGAUCUCAUUUUAUAAAAGCAGCAGCUUUAGUAAGAGAAAUAGCUUUUGUAGCAAGAUAAAUCUUAGUUGCAGCAAGAAAAAUAAUAGCUUUAACAAGAAAAAGUUCAAAUGCAUCAAGAUAGAUCAGCUUUAAUUAGAGAGAAAUAAUAAUUGUUAGGUGAAAAAGAAACCCUUUUGCAAGAAAAAAAGGUGCUAGUGUAGGAUAAAGAGUAGCUUAUUAACCAAAAAAAAUCACUUACUUAAUAGAAUUAAAUUGUUAAUAAAGAAAAAACUAUUUGCAGCGAAGAAAAUAAGCAGUUGCUAACAAAAAGAAAUGAAGACUAAUUAAAAAUUAAAAAGUUAACUGAAGAAUUAGAAAAUUUAUAGAAUGAAAACAGUAAGUUGGUAGAAGAAAGUUUUAAGUUAUCUCAAAGACAAUAGACUGUGCCAAAUCAUGAAGUAUAAAAUACAUAAUCAUUAUCUUCUAUGCAAGUUCUAAAAAGUUAGUACGAAUAGUUGCUAAAAGAGAAACAAAGUUAAUUAGAAGAUAAAAUUAAAGAAAUUAGCAAAUUCAAAUAGCAACUGGAUGAUAAAGAAAUAGAACUUAACGAAGUGAAUUAAACUCUUAAGAUUGUUUAGGAGUAGCACUAAGAAAAUAUUUAAUCAGCUGAUAAAGUUAAAUAACUCACUUAAGAAAAUUCAUAAUUAGAAAUAAAAUUAAAAACUAUUUAAGAAUCUAUUGAAGUAUUCAAAAAGAAAGCUCUUUUAUCUGAAGAGCAAGAGAAAACUAUAACUAAUUUACUAACAGAAAAUCAGAAAUUACAGUAGACCUACAAAUAGUUAUUAAAUAGCAGUUAGCAAGUGCACCAAAUUUCAUCUAAUUUUUUGCAAUACAGCUCUAAUUCAACUGAAGAAACUAAAUAGGCUUAUAACAAUCUUUAAAUUACUAUAUAGCAGUUAUAAGAAAGACUCAGAGUCUGUGAGGCUCUAAUUGAAGAGAAAAAAAAAGAAAUAGAAGAGUUCAAGAGCAACACUUAUUUUCCUCUGCUAGAAGAAUGCUCGAAUUACAAAUCACAAAUUACUCAGUAAAAAUCUCUGAUUCAGUAAUUGGAAAAUGCCUUUCUAAAUAGAGAAAAAGACUUUUAAAAAUAAAUGAAAAUGAUGAAACUAAAAAUUGAAAAAGAUAGCAAAAGUUAAAAUGCUGUAAAUUAAAUGUAAAAGAAAUUAAAAUAAAAAGACAAUUAAAUUUUCUCUAUUGAAAGCUCACAGCAAAUAAAAUAAUCAACUUAAGAAUCCUGCUCAAAUUAUAUUCAAAGUAACUGCUCAAAUUUUAUUCAAGACAACUGUUCAAAUUUUAUUCAAGGUAACUGUUCAAAUUAAAUAUAAUAAUUUGACAUGCUAAAUACGAAAGGUCUAAACAGCUAGAGCUAGGAUGAACACGAUUUAACUAAUUUAAUUUGUAAAUCUUCAAUCGAUAUUUAAAAUUCUGAUGUAAAUAAGCCAGAUUAAUAUCCAACUUGUUUAAAUUUGAAUGAAAGAAUGCUGAUUAAAGCAGAGGAAAUUCAGUAAAAUAGCUAAUUUAGAAAUAAUUCCAUAGAUAAUUCAGAAAAAUUGAAUGAAAAGUAUUUUACAUGUAAGUAAUAAAAAGAUAAUAUUUUAGAUAUCAAAGAUUAUCAAUAAAAAUUAGCAAGUAAUAAUUCAAGUGCUUAAAAAAUUAGCCAAGAGAGCAGUAAUAGUUGCUAAAAAACUAUGAGUAGAACUCCCUCUUAUGUAAAGAUUUCUAAUUAAGAUUUAAUCAGAGAAUAGCACAUAAGAAGCAGUCGCUUGUAAGCUUCAUCAAGCUCUUUAACUAGAAGAAACUCAAAUAUAUUUAAUAAUGAUAAUAACCUUUCGUAUAUUCCUAUCCCUAAUAAUGAUAAUAACUCUUAGAAGCAGCUUUAACAAAUUUCAAAGAACUCAUCAUCUUAAAAGUUAAUUAAUAUUUCAGAUAAUUAUUCAAGCCUUGAAAAAAUAACAACCAAAUAAAAUAAUAAUAAUUAUAGUAUACAAAAGUCAUCUUCUAGAGAUAAGAAUAUUGACAAAAAUUAUAUUCAAAAUAAAUAAACAGAGGAAUUUAAAAGAAAAAGCUCUAAAGAUCUUGUCAAUAAUAAUAAAUUAAGGCAUUCUUUUGAUAUACCAUCUCAAUAAGGGUAAAAUGAAAAUUGUUAACAAUUAUAAAUUAGUUAAAAGCAAGAUAAUUUAAUAUCUAUGCUUAAGGAGAAGGUUGCUAAUAUUUCUUUGCAAAACAAAAAGCAACCUUUAAGCUAGAAUUAUCAGAACUAAUCUAAUAAAUAAUUUACUUAAAUACCUAAGCCUCAUAAUAACUCGACCAUAAUUAGCUAUGAUUAGUAUAACAAUAGCAUAUUAGAAAAAUCAUAAGUAAUUAAUAUUUCUAGCAAUCAUACAGCAGAACAAAAUUAUUUAUAUCAUAAUUCUAACGAAAAACCAAUCUACUAUCACAAUAAAACCAUGAAUUCAACUUAAGAUGAAAAUUAAGCUCCCUUUAAUAACUCAAAUAGUUUCUUUAAAAGUCAAUAAUUAUGUGCCCCAAUAAAUAAAAGAACAAAUUCUUUCCAAUUCAAAAAUGAUUAAAACAACAGCAAAAACUUCUUCUCAAAUGUCUCAGCAUUUGAUUUUAGUCAAUACAAUAAAUGA